AACACAAUGAAUUGGCUCGCCGUUGCUCUUGUCCUUGUGUUCUUGUCAUGUUGCAAGUCUUCUGCAGGAGCAGGAAAUUGGUGUUACCAGUCGCAGUAUAGCUGCAAUGAUACGUGCUAUGGGCCUGGAAAAUGGAGCCUGGUGAAUUCAGUGUGUGACGGAAAGAAGCAGUCUCCGGUGAAUAUAGUUACUCAUAAAACAGUGUACAAUCCCGGCCUAAAGCCUUUUAUAUUCGAAGGUUAUGAUCACACUUUGGAUCUUCUUCUGCAAAACACUGGCUAUUCAGUUCAAAUCAACUUGCCCUCUACCCUGAAGAUUAAAGGCUCGGACUUCUCAGCCACCUACAAAGCUGUACAACUCCACCUGCACUGGGGGUCAGAAAAAGAGUCCGGAUCAGAACAUCUGCUGGAUGGUGAGCGGUACCCCAUGGAGCUCCAUAUUGUCCACAUGAAGGAAAAAUACAAAAGCAUAGAUGAAGCAAAAAAUGAUUCGGCUGGCCUUGCUGUGCUUGGAUUUUUAUAUGAGGAAUCACAAAUUGAGAAUGCCAACUAUAAAGACCUUGUCAAAGCGUUGGCCAUCAUCCAGAACUAUGGCCAAAAUACUACAGUUAGAAAUGUACAACUGAGUCACCUCCUUUUGAACUCGGAUGAGAUGCUCUCAUACUACCGCUACAGUGGGUCUUUGACCACCCCGGACUGCAGUGAGGCUGUCACCUGGACUGUCUUCACCAAACCAAUUGGUCUCAGCAGCACACAACUUACGGCAUUCACUGGGAACCUGUUGUCUCAGUCAGGAAAACUGAUGCAAGGGAACUUCCGGCCUGUCCAGAAGUUGUAUGGGCGAACAGUGCACCGAUCAAACAGUUGCACUUUGUUCACGGAUUUUACAACACUGAGUGUCACUGUUGCUCUUGGAUUCUUGACCUGUCCUUACUAACUGGGAGAACAUACAAGGAGAAGUAAACCAAAGAAAGCUGCAAAACAAAGAAGGCCUGACCAAAGUGGGACUUUGUUAAAUCAGCCGUCUGAAUACAGCUAGUCUCAAGAUGCAAGUGAAUCUAUCCUUACUUGUACAAGUAGUAUUACAGUAUGUAUCUGUGUGAGCAGUGGAGCCUCCUGACAUUUUGUUUGUAUGCUUUGGCCUAGUAUGGAUUGUCUGGCUCACAAGAAAAGAAUCGGGCUGAGAGUUGUGGUGUAGACUCGUCUGCAUUAGUGAGCGUGGCCCAGCGGCUACGGCUUUAGGCACACAGUUGCUGAUUCAAUUCCUUGUUGUAUAACUCUAACCAAGUAAUUUAACUAGAUGUUUCUAAUUUCUAAAGAAUGUAUACAUGUA